GGGUUCAGGGAAACAGUUGGAGUCGCCUGUGUUUUUGUCGGGAGGACAGAGUCACGUGAAAAACAAUGAGGUAGACUGUAGCAGGUGUCAGGAAGAGACCGAGAAGUGGGGGCUUCUGGAAAGUGCUGGAUUCUCUCAGCGUCAUCAACAGAGAAUGAGACUGCAAGUGGGGGCGGGCUGCACUUGCUGCGUCUUGAGCUAGCGACGACGCGCAGAAGUGCGGGGAGGAGCGAGCGCAGGAAGGAAGAGGAAGGAGGGAAGAAAGGAAAGAUCGCCAAGAAAGCCAUCAGGACAAGGAGGAUACAGAGCACUCCACGGCGAUAGAAGAAAGCACAACAGCAUCAUGGCCUCAGUGUCCACUCAUGGGAACCAGGAGAAAAGCCCCCACUUGCCGCCACUGAGCAAGCAGAGCCUGUUGUUUUGCCCCAAAUCAAAACUGCACAUCCACAGAGGAGAGAUUGCCAAGAUUAUCAGGGAGUGCCAAGAAGAGAGUUUCUGGAAGAGAGCCCUGCCUUUUUCUCUUAUAAGCAUGCUUGUCACCCAGGGACUCGUCCACCAAGGUUAUUUAGCCGCUAAUCCAAGAUUUGGAUCGUUGCCUAAAGUUGCAUUGGCUGGUCUCUUGGGAUUUGGCCUUGGGAAGGCUUCCUAUAUAAGAGUGUGCCAGAGUAAGUUCCAUUCCUUUGAAGAUCAGCUCCGUGGCGCUGGCUUUGGUCCUGAGCAUAACAGGCACUGCCUGCUCACCUGUGAGGACUGUAAAACCAGGCGUGGGUUAAGCGAGAAGGCAGGGUCACAGCCAUCUGCUUCCUAAACUGAGUCUGUGGUCUCCAGUUGUUUUUAAACCUCUGACUUUGUACACAUUUAAAAUUCCAAGUGUACCUUAAAAUAAUAUACUUCUAUUGAAACAGAAACCUGUAAUUCCCUCACCCCUUUGAAAUGCUUGCUGUAGAAGGCUCUCUAUUGACAUGGGCGUGGCAUAUUCUUGGCUUCAUUGGAAGCUAUCACACACAACACAGGAAAGAAGUUAGUUACACCCCGCCUUGCUUAGAGCUUCCCGGGAGGUCUUUGAUUCGCUUCUGGAAAGCUCCCCCUACCCCCAGUUCACUCACUCUCAUUUAAUUUUUAUUUUCAGUGUUUUAAAUUUUCUGGUAGAGAACAGGAAAGAAUGAUGUGGAAGUUGGUUGGGAAGUUAAGACCCGAAGAAAACCCAUGUAUAUGGAACUAGAAAUUCAAGAAAGGUUGUGUUUUAGUAUUGGAAGUCCAUUCUGAAGUCUAGAGCUGAGGUCUGUAACUCAAUGGAAAACAUUUCCUGUAAAAGGGUCACCAUUCAAACCUAGGUGAUCAACAGUGUGAUCAAUGGGACUUGGUGGCUCAUCACCAUGAUGGAGCUGUAAAAGUGACCAUCAUCUAUCCGUAGGUGACCUGCUUGGCUCAUGGGUCCAUUCUCAUGGUCAGCACUCAAAGGGGGUUCUUUUACCCAUUAUUAGUGGUCUAAGAUAAAAAAAAAAGACAACUUCUGGGCUGGUGAGAUGGCUCAGUGGGUAAGAG